AGGGUUGGGAUUAGGAUGAGGGUUAGGGUCAGGAGAUUCAGAAGUGCGAUAGUGUUCUGUAAAGUUCUGUUCAAUGUACAGAGCCGACAGCCCACGUUUGGCUUAAGCAUGUGAUGACGUUUCCAGCUUUUCUAGCCAAUCAGAGGCGAGGGAGGUGGGACUUUCCCCUACCGUCCUUCAAAAAAAUAAAAAUAUUGCCUCCCGGCCCUUCUCAGAGCUUUGAGCGGCUAAAAGUAGCAUAGCAGCUUAGCUACAGGAGCUGUGAUGGGAUAGAGCGCAAAAAAAAACCACUUCUGCUUGCCCCAGCGCCAAAAGUGCUAAGAAAACACAAGCCGACAGAAUAAAGGGCAGAGCCGAAGAGGAAAUGUGACCAAACGAGGAAUCUAACUCGAACAAACAUCGGGUCAUCCUUCAAGCAGUGGAGAAAGCUCUGCCAGAAUUUGGGCCUGAAAAUAGACGCGGAGACAGCAGAUUUUUUGUUUAACAGGUCAUUUUUGCCUUUUAUCGUGGCACAUGUUACAUAAAUAACUCUAAUUAGUCUCUGCAAUGUCAACACAGUAGCUGUCCAGGCAGCUGCAGACAGUGCUUGCGAGCAGAGCUGGUGUUCACUGCCGCUAGUACCUAGCAAUCUAACAUGGUGAAUCCUAUUUGAAAUCUAGCGUAGGAUCUUCUGCCGGCCGGCUUCUUGCUCUGCAAGAGGGAGUGUGUCGUGGGGAGGGCGAUACAGGUUUGGGUGGGGGGGUUGGGAUUUUUUUUUUCACAUCUGCCUCAGCGGCUCAGUUUUUUUCAACUGCUUCUUAGAUUGUCCACCAUGCCUUUAAAACUCACAACCAAAUAAAGGAUGUCAUACUUAACUAUACACGAAAAUGAAGUAUUAAUUUUGUACUUAUUUUGAUACUUGCUAAAGGAGGCAGACUGUGUAUGUAUAUAUUUUAUUAAAAAAAAAAAAAAAGCUUUACCUAUAGAAAGAUUUGAAAACUAGCACACGCAUGCUCUGUGGAAUGGAAAAAAAGGGGAUUGAUCUUGAAAAAACCCUCUGGCUGUUUUGAAUGGGUCAAAUGUAGGUUAGUCAUGUAGCAAUGAGUAUUUGUUGGUGUAUGUGUGUGAAAUCUUAACAGACCGUCUUUAUAUAAUAUAUUCUGCAGGUAUUUCAUACUUGAUCAGUUAUUGCUAAAAAGAGAGCUACAUUAAAAUCAUCAAACUUGUAUGGCUUCGACUCCUUUUGUGUUUGUUUUGAGAAACAAUUAUCCAACUUUUAAAUCUGAUCUGACCUGAUAACUUUGGCUUUAUCCAACAUUGAAGUUCUGAUCCAAACUGACCCUUUAGGCUUUUGGGAUCUGAGGGUACAGAUUACCAAUAUGAUACUAGUGUUACAGUGAUAACAUGUAUUUCUCUCAGUGAAGAUGAGACCAUUUGUGUUCUAAAAAGUAUCAGGCUUUUCCCGCUCUGCUUAAGAAAUGAAUUAAAAAAUGACAUACCUAACAGUGGAAUAUAAAUGGCUACCACUACCUGCCGUGUGGCGAUUAAAGAAACUUGAAACAAUGGCGUCACUUAUACACUUCUACGAUACAGUAGACCAUCACAUUUUAUUAAAUAGACUGCGGAAUGUGGUUGGCCUCUCUGGUACUGUUCUUAAGUGGUUCACGUCCUACCUGACUGAUCGAAAUUUCUUUGUAAGUAUGGAUACAUGUUCCUCAAGGACCCAUAAAAUUGAGUGUGGGGUUCCCCAAGGGUCAAUUCUAGGUCCAACUCUGUUCAACCUCUACAUGUUACCCCUUGGGGAUGUCAUCAGGAGGCACGGCAUCAGCUUCCAUAGCUAUGCUGAUGAUACGCAACUGUACAUCGCCGUGUCUCCUGAUGACACAGGGCCAAUUGAUGCCCUUUUUAACUGCAUUUUAGACAUUAAAUCAUGGAUGGCAGCAAAUUUCCUGCAGCUCAACCAGGACAAAACAGAGGUUUUAGUCAUUGGUCCUGAAGGCCAGAGAAAGAAACUUUUACCAAAGUUACAGGAUUUUAAACCUUCAAAAUCUGUAAAAAAUCUGGGCGUGAUUUUCGACUCUGAGCUCACGUUUAUUCCAAAUAUCAAAAACUUAACAAAGAUAGGUUUCUACCAUCUUAAGAAUAUAGCCAGAGUCCGCCCGUUUCUCUCUCAGGCCAGCACGGAGGUGCUGAUGCAUGCUUUUAUCUCGUGUCGUUUGGAUUAUUGUAAUGCCCUGCUCUCUGGUCUUCCCAAAAAGAACAUGCAAAACCUACAAUUAUUACAAAACUCAGCCGCGCGAGUGCUGACAAGGACCAGAGGGCGGGAGCACAUUACUCCUGUCUUAAAAUCGCUGCAUUGGCUCCCUGUGCGUUUCAGGAUCGAUUUUAAGGUUCUCCUCCUAAUUUUUAAGUGUCUUAAUGGUCUUGGGCCGUUUUAUUUAUCCGAGAUACUUUUACCUUAUCAACCCUCACGGACCCUGAGGUCCUCUGGAGCUGGUCUCUUAAAAAUCCCACAAGUAAAAACUAAGACAUACGGGGCGGCGGCAUUCAGUUAUUAUGGCCCCCGAUUGUGGAACAGCCUCCCAGAGAGCCUCAGGGCUGCAGAGAAUGUUGAUAUUUUUAAAAAGAGGCUAAAGACUCAUCUUUUUAAUCAGGCUUUUAAUUGACUAGUUUAACUCUUUUAAUCCCUUUUAUGCUCACUUUUAUUGUUUUUCUAUUUAACACUUUUUAUUACCGUUCUAUUUUAUUCUUUAAUCUAUCAAUUUUAUUGUCAUUAUUUUUAGUCUGGCGUGUUUUACAGUGCACAGAAUCAUUUUAUUUUACAUUAUUUACUGGGUCUGUCUUAGCGAUUACAGUUUUAUUCCUUCAGUUUUAGUUUCUAUACUUUUAUGUCUUAUUUUAUUCUUUUAGUCCCUCAGUUUUUCCAGUGUUUCCUCCUGGGGGCUGCUUCACCGGGAGCGGGUUCUGGUCUGUUGGUGGGGGCGCCGUUCUGGGGACAGCUCUGGCCCGGGUGGAACCGGAGAGCUCUACACCUUGGUGCGGAGCCUCCUGUCUGCCCGGGCUGGUGGUCCCUGUGACGGCGCCCCCUGCAGCAGCAAUGGGCCAGGAUGCCUCCCGGUCGACGUGGCCCCCAAAGGUAGCGUCUUCCUCACCUCAGAUCUCAGUGCCAGUCAUGUCUCCUCACCAUCAGCUGCUAACUGUGUAGAUGCGUAUGUAUGUGAAGUUGUGUGUGUGGAAUUGUAUGUCUAUGUUCACGGGUGUGUGUACGGGUAUAAUUGUGCGGGUGGGAGGUUUGGGGUUUUCUUGGGGAUUUUAAUGUUUCAUUUUGUUUUUAUGCUUUGUAAGGCACUUUGUGUUACAACUUGUAGGAAAAGUGCCAUAUAAAUAAAAUAAA